AUGAGUGAAAAUAUUAAACAAAUUCAAGGUAUCAAACGAGCCUAUGAGCCAAGUCCAUCAGUCAACAAUGCUGGCUAUCAACCCGUAGCAAAAAAGAAAAAAGGUGUACCGGUUGUUGGUACAACAUUACGGGAGAUGAUCCAUACAAGUAUUAAAGCGGAACCAACGGUAGUGGAUAGUCGUAGUCGAAACUGUCCAUACUUAGAUACAAUUAAUCGGAGUGUGUUAGACUUCGAUUUUGAGAAGCUUUGUUCAAUUACACUAUUGAAUAACAACGUCUAUGCCUGUUUAGUGUGCGGCAAAUACUUUCAAGGUCGAGGACAGAAAUCGUGUGCAUAUACACAUAGUGUAGAAGCAGAACAUCAUGUUUUUAUCAAUCUGCUUUCGUUACAAAUCUUUUGUCUACCGGAUAACUAUGAAAUUAUCGAUUCGUCAUUAGAUGAUAUUAAAUAUGUCUUGAAUCCAACGUAUUCAAAUGAACAAAUAGAAAAUUUAGAUAAAAAUGAAAAAAUGGUUCGUGCUUAUGAUGGAACUCUAUAUCUACCUGGUAUCGUUGGUUUGAAUAAUAUCAAAGCAAAUGAUUACUGCAAUGUUAUAUUACAAGCGAUGAUAAAUGUUGGCCCGCUACGUGAUUAUUUUCUUCAAGAAGAUAAUUAUGCUGAUAUACGUGUUGCACCUGGUGAUAUAAUGGUCAAUCUUGUCAAACGUUUCGGUGAAUUAGUUCGCAAAUUAUGGAAUCCGAGAAAUUUCAAAGCUCACGUUUCGCCACAUGAAAUGUUACAAGCAGUUGUUAAAUGUAGUAAAAAACGCUUUCAGAUCACGGAGCAAGGUGACCCAGUCGAAUUUCUUGCAUGGCUACUCAAUAGUCUUCACUUGACGUUGAAUGGAACGAAGAGCGCUAAUAGUAGUAUUAUCUACAAAGCUUUCCAAGGCAAAAUGAGAGUUUACACACGAAAAAUUCCACCUGUUGAUAUGGGCGAAGAUGAGAAACGAAAACUACUUGCAACCGAAGAAUACCAAGAAUCAAGUGAAGAAACACCGUAUCUGUUCUUAUCUGUUGAUUUACCACCGCCACCACUGUUUCGAGACGAACUGAAAGAAAGCAUCAUUCCACAAGUGCCACUUUUUCAAAUUCUAACCAAAUUCGAUGGACAAACAGCACAAGAACUGAAAACACACAAGGAUAACUUUCUCAGACGUUAUGAAAUCAUCAAACUACCACCGUACUUGAUUCUAUGCUUUCGACGUUUUACGAAGAACACAUUCUUUUUGGAAAAGAAUCCCACAAUUGUCAAUUUUCCAAUUAAAAACGUGGAUCUUCGUGAAUUGUUGCCUGAACAUCGUAUUGACCCAUCGGCGCUCACUGAAAGUCCAUCGACAACUUAUGAUCUGAUUUCGAAUGUUGUUCACGAUGGCGAACCAGGAAAAGGUACCUAUCGCGUUCAUGUUCUGCAUAAGGGCUCAGGCAUUUGGUAUGAAUUGCAAGAUUUACACGUGAUUGAUGUCUUACCACAGAUGAUCACACUCUCCGAAUCGUAUUUACAAAUCUGGGAACGUCGUGAUGUAGAUCAAUUAUUCAAAAAAUCCUAG